AGUGACGGUUAGACAUUCGAAUUGAUUCGAAAGAUUUUGUUAAAUAUCUUUCUGCAUUCAUACUUAAAGUUCCAAGAUGAAUAUGGAACCGCCAGUUCGUGAUAUUAAGAUCUCGUACCUUAGGGCCCGUGACCCCAGUAUAAUGGCAUGGGGUGGAAUGAACAUUGAAAAUGUGAAAUGUAAUUUACAGAACAUGAUGAAUGAGACACAUCAGGAAAAUGGAUCAGAUAAUUCAAUACAAGUGUAUCUGCGGAUAAAGAAUGGUGAGCUGGGUGAUUUGUACCAUAUGAACAGUAACAUUCUUGUCUGUAAUAUACCUCAAAAUUGCCAUGCUAACAGGCAUGCCAAAGAUGGACAGCGGAUUACAAGAAAGUUUACAUUUUCUCGGAUAUUUCCACCUGAUUCAACUCAACCAGAUAUAUUUAAUGCUGUAGUUAAACCGAGAAUCUUUAAUUUUAUUAAUGGUGUGAAUUGUACUCUGCUAACCUAUGGAGCCUCUGGAUCAGGGAAGACCUUUACUAUUGUUGGUUCUGGAACUGAACCAGGACUAAUACCAAGGGCACUGGAAUAUGUGUUUAAAACAUUGCCCAAAAUGCCUGUUGUACCUGAAAUAAAACCCACACCAUCUGGUAUAAAGUGCAAAAGAUUAACACAUUCACAAAGUCAGGAAGAAGUUGAUAUUUUAUAUCAUUUAAUGAAUGAUUCAAAUGCUUCUACAAAACAAAUGCACACAAAAACAUAUCAUACAAUGCAGCAAAGAUUAAGUACAGAGCCUGUAGCUACUUUGGAGGAUGUGGGAUCAUUGUCAUUAGGAAUUUGGGUUUCCUUUGCUGAAAUCUAUAAUGAACAAGUGUUUGAUUUAUUGCAAACAGUCAAUGGCAAAGUUAGGAAAAACUUAAAAUUAUGCAACAAUAAUGGAAUUACGUUCAUUAAAGAAUUAAAGCAAAUAUACGUUUCGUCCGGGUUAGAGGCGUAUCAAAUUUUACAAUUGGGGUUGCAAAAUUUAAAAUAUGCUUCUACGUCGGUGAAUUCGCAUUCGAGUAGAUCUCAUUGCAUCUUCACAUUGAAACUGAUACAAGUGGGAGAAUCGGAUAAUGACAUUUGUGUGAGUCAUUUUAAUUUUUGUGACUUGGCUGGAUCGGAGAGGAGUAAAAAAACUAAUAAUGUCGGUGAUAGAUUGAAAGAGUCGAAUAACAUAAACAAUUCAUUGCUGGUUCUGAGUAGAUGCAUGAGCAUGAUGAGGAAUGCUCAGAGAGCGAACGAGAAAAAGUUGGUGCCAUUCAGAGAAUCGAAGCUGACGCAGCUGUUUCAGAGGGCACUAUGUGGACAGGAAGAUAUUGCCAUGAUUGUAAAUAUGAAUCCCAUUCCAGAUAUGUUCGAUGAGACUAUGCACGUCCUGAAUUUUUCCGCUAUAGCUAAGGACAUUAUCGUUGAACAACAGUUGACAAAGAAAGAUAGGUUGUCUCGUAACAUGGAGAAGAUUAACUCUGAGGAGAUUGUGGAGAUUGAACGUUUAAGGGAUACAGUAAGUUCUCUGAUUUUGGAACUGCAAGACGAGAAAAUGAAGAGCAUCGAGACUGAUAAAGAAACUCGGUCUUAUUUGAUUAAAGAAUUUUCUAAAAUGAUGGAUGACAUAAAGGAGGAAUAUGAGAAUAAGAUUGAAAAUUACGAGUGUCAGAUUGAAGACUUGAAUGAAGAAUGUGGAAGGCUGAGUAAGAAGCGUAGGAGAAGCGAAGCCGCAAAUACCUCGAUUAUUUGUCUUGAUAAUUCUGAUGUGGGUCAUCAGAAUUUAGAACUAAUUAACCUGCAGCACGAGUUGAAAAAAAUGAAAGAGAAAAAUGCUUCUUUGGAAGAAAGAGUGAAAUAUGUUGAGGAGGAGCUGAGAGAUGCUACUGCCGAAAUAGCAGAGAAGAAGUCUGAGAUUAGUAGCCAAGCGGCACAAAUUAUUAGCAUGAAUGAGGAAAUAUCAACGUUAGAGGCACUCGUUAGAAACAAUGUCGCUACUACACCUGAAUUAUCCGAAUCCGAUACGGACGAUGUUGAUCUUUAGAAAACUUAAUUUAUAUUAUGUGU